AUGAGGAGGCUGGUUACUGCUUUGAAGGACUUUGCGGAUAAUGACAUAGUGCACUUCCUUACAAGACCUCAGAUCAUUGCUAGAAUCCUAGCAGCGGUAUUCUCUCUGAUAAUCUUUGCUUGUUUGGUGGCUGAAGGAUAUCAGAACUUGACAACCUCUUCCCAGUUACACUGUAUUUUGAAUGAUAAUGGGGCAGCCUGCUGCUAUGGCAUCACAGUGGGUGUACUCUCCUUUCUUCAGUGUCUCCUCUUUUUGGGCUUUGACAUCUAUGACACUUCAAUUUCAAAUCACAAGUUCAAGUAUGCUAUCCUUGUACUGGAUGUUACCUUCUCCAUCAUCUGGACAUGCCUGUGGUUUGUUGGGUUCUGUUUUCUAGCCAAUCAGUGGAACAGGUCGACACAUUCCUACCUGCUGGGAACUAGUGCUGCACGAGCAUGCAUCGCCUUUGCUCUCCUCUCGGUUCCAUGCUGGGUGUAUCUGGCUUAUCUGGCUCUGAAAAACCUGUGGGCUGAACCACCGGUUCCUUACAAGCGGACCCUGGAUGAAGGGUCUGUUGCCUUGACCACCCUGCCUUCUUGUACUACCACCUCCCUUCCCAAUAAUAUAAGGUACCCUGAGAAUAUGGGUACAGCCUCUUAUCCAUCCACUCCCGUACCUCAUCGACUAACAUUAAUGAAUAGUGAUGACUAGAUAAAUAUUUAUUCCUGAAAUAAAUAAAGGAAGAAGGGAGGAUU